AUGGGGCUCCGGACUGCCUUUCGUCGUCAGACGACUGAGGAUACGGUCACUCAGGUCGAUGUGACCACUACCGAGGACAGCAAGCGGGAGGCUGUGCCCGAUGGUGUCGCUGCUGAAAACAAUGGCGCCGUCGACGCGGAUCAGCCGGCCGAGACUCCCGAGGAGGAGCUCCAGCGUGGUGUUCACGACAUGGAGGCGAUGACCAUGACCUGGUCUAAGGGAGCGCUGAUUGCAGUCUUUUUGAAUAUCUGGUUGCUCUACUUCACCAAUGCGUUUCAAAGCUCGAUUCUAUACAGCUUGAUUCCCUACCUUACCAGUCAAUGGGAAUCCCACUCGCUGCUCAACACCAUUUACAUCGUCGCCGAUGCGAUUACCGCAGCUUGUUAUGUACCCUUGGGAAGAAUGAUGGACGUGUGGGGUCGCGCGGAGGGUUUCCUGUUCAUGACCAUUUGCGCCACUGUGGGCUUGAUCAUGAUGGCCGCCUGCAACAACCUUGCGACAUUCUGCGCUGCAUAUGUCUUCUACUCGCUUGGAUUCGGUGGAAUGACGUAUUGUGUGGACGUUAUCACCGCUGAUGCGUCUCUGCUGAAGAGUCGAGGUCUAGCCUACGCCUUCACCUCCUCGCCUUAUAUCAUCACGGCAUUCGCUGGUUCAAAAGCGGCCGAUGACGCCCUAUCUGACAGCGGCAUCGGCCUGCGCUGGCCUUUCGGUAUUUUCGCUAUUAUCUUCCCUCUGGUGGCCACCCCUCUCUAUUGUGUUUUGAAGUAUAAUAUCCGCAAGGCUGUCAAGGAGGGGCACGUCGUCAAGGCAAGCAGCGGCCGAACCAUUUUCCAGAGCGUCUGGUUCUACCUCGUUGAGUUUGAUGCGAUGGGGUCGCUUCUCUUCUCCGCUGGCCUUGUGCUGUUCUUUCUUCCGUUCGAUAUUGCUGGGAGUGCUCCUAGUAGCUGGGAUACACCCUAUAUCAUCGCUAUGCUUGUGGUUGGCUUCGUCUUGCUUUUCGCCUUCAUUAUUUGGGAGACCUUCAUCGCCCCUAAGCCGCUGCUUCAAUACGGGUUCCUCUAUAACCGGACUGUCAUCGGCGCCUGCUUGCUCGACGCGACAUACCAGCUUUGCUACUACUGCUGGGAUAACUACUUCACCUCUUUCUUGCAGGUGGUAAACGAUCUGACCGUAGCCGAGGCUGGAUACGUUGGCAACACAUUUGACGUCGUGUCCGGUGUGCUGCUGCUGAUUGUUGGUGUUCUUAUCCGGAAGACUGGCCGUUUCAAGUGGCUUCUGUGGAUUGCAGUGCCUCUCUACAUCUUUGCGCAGGGCCUGAUGAUUUAUUUUCGUCGCCCGAACCAGUCUGUCGGUUAUCUUGUCAUGUGCCAGGUCUUUAUCUCUAUUGGUGGAAGUGUCUUCAUCCUUUGUGAACAGCUUGCGAUCUUGGCCGCUGUUGAUCACCAGCACGUUGCUUCCGUACUUGCUUUGCUCAACGUUGUUGGCACGGUCGGGGACGCUAUGGGGGCCACUAUUUCCAGUGCAAUCUGGCAGAACACCUAUCCUAAUGCGUUGAGGAUGUACCUCCCCGAAUCGGCCAUGGAUAACUUUGAUCUCAUCUAUGAAGAUCUUGACACUCAGCUAAGCUACGCUGUCGGAACACCCACCAGAUUGGCAAUCCAGCAUGCCUAUGGUUAUGCCCAGACCAGAAUGCUUGCUGUCGGCACCGGUAUUAUGGUUCUGGCUUUUGUCUGGACCAUGAUGAUCAGGAACAUUGACCUGAAGAAGGUGCCUCAGGUCAAGGGUAUGGUCUUCUAG